AUGAGUUUCCCUUUAAUGCCCGUAGAGCUUGUCGAGCAUCUCGCGCUCUAUUGCCAGCCCCAAGACCUCUCGCGCCUAUCUUGCGUCAACCACGCUUUUCACGCCAUCUUCAACCCAGUUCUCUACAAGCGCAACGCCGCUGCCACUGGUCUACCGCCCUGCUAUCCAUGGACCCACGAACAUGAUCCAAAGGAUUGCUGGACAUGUCCCGUCGACAAGGCCUUCAGGUCAUGUCUUCAUUGGGCUGUAUAUCACGAUUCACUCUCUACGAUCAAGCUGGGUGUAGCUUAUGGCUCCGAUGUCAACAAGAUCAACGACGUGGCUGAUUUUAUCCCUUAUGAGGAAGACCCUGAGUCUACUCCCAUUUGUGGGCCUAUCAAACGGGCGCAGCUUGCAACGCCACUACAUCUUGCUAUCUUCUUGAAGCGUCCAGAGAUUGUACGUUGGCUUCUUGAUAAUGGCGCUAGUACGGAUUUAUGGCCAGAUACGCUGUGCAAUUGUCGAAAGUAUGUGAGAGUUGUCAAUAGGUAUGAUUGGCUACCACUUCACUACGCCGUACGCCACAGCACCCAUGAGAUCUUAGAGUUAUUACUGGAGCGAGACGUUAUUUACUCUGUGAUAUGCGAUGAGGGCAAUAUCUCUGGGCUUCAUUGCGCCGUCACAGAAGGCUCUCUUCCUGCGAUUGAUGCCUUCAUCCAGCAUAAAUGCUCCAGCCCUACUGAUCGAGAUGCCGCGGGCCAGACACCGCUUCAUUGUGUUGAACAUUGUGAGGACCAGGACUUAGCCUGUGCGAUUAUCGAGAGGCUAGCACAGUGGGGUGUUCCUCUGGAUACGGAAGCUGAAUCUCAGUGGGGAGAUUGGCACGGCGGCACAGCUCUGAACAUGCUCAUCGGGAGGAGAAAGUUUGAGCCUGCCCUUAAACUCCUGCAGCUUGGAGCCGAUCCGACAGUAGAGCAGGACGAAGAUGGGGGCCUACAGCUGUUGAGCCACUGCAUCGACGGCCGUGACAAAGAAUACAUACCCAACUGUUCGCCAGAACUCGCGGAGAGGAACAGGGAGGCUGGGUUGGAGUUACUGAGUCUCCUGAUCCAAAAAGGAAUUGAUCCAGGCAAGCCCCGUAAAGUGGACAGACCACAUGAUCUAGAUUAUUUCGAGGACUCAAGACCACUGCUAUCAGCGCUCCUAACGUCUGACGCACGGUGCAUACAAAUCCUUCUCGAUGCCGGAGGAAUGGCCCGCGAAUCCAUUUAUAAGAACAACCAUGAUAACAUCCUCAGAGACUUUGUGGAAAUGAUGGUGGAUGCUGUUGAGGAGGGUAUAUCUCUUCGGGAAAUGAAAGAUGAAGUUGAAUCGCGCAAAGAGUCAGUUUGUCUGCUCCUCAGCAGAGGGGCUCGAAUAGACUCGAGGGACGAUGAAUCCUCGGCGUUGAGUAAAGCGUGUGAGAUUGAGCAAGGGUUCGGGAUACUUGACUUUCUGGCUGAGAAUGCGACUUGUAGGAAUGCGGAGGUGGACUAUGUCGUUGGUCUGAGAGAUACGUAUAAGCGGGAUGAGAUUGUAUGGGAGAAGCUGGAUAGGUUCUAUCAGAAGUUGCUGGCUGAAAAGAAUGAGCGAGAAGGGAUCCAAGACGUUGAGAAAUCUGGAUGAAAGAACGAUAGGUAUAUGCCCGAUCGAUCUUGGAUCUGUUCUACAGAAGAGUUGUAAUCAAGUUAUGAUGUAUUUUCUUAUGAGCGUUCUAAUCUGAUGUUGAUUUCAAC